CAGACUGUCUCUGCUCUGGAGUGACACAUUUUGCAUCAUCUGUCAAGUGGAAGCAUUGAUCAGAUUGGAGCAGCAGUCACCUCCUUGCACAUUAACCAGUGCAGCUUUUUCUCUAUAGCUUCUUUGACGUCAGCCCUCAUCCAGACAAUAAGCUGUGAAUUCUAAUGCUGAAACGAAUAGGGCUCAUUGGAAGCUACAGCAAAACAAAAAGGGGUGUUUUGUGGAAGCCAUUACUGUCUCUGUAAAGCAUAAUGAAUAAUUUUCUCUAACUGUGUGGGAACUUGUAUUGCUGCAAGGGAAGAAAAAAAGGAAUGCUGCACACUCCAUAGGUGGCACUAGGGAAUGGUCCAUGAGUACUGAGCGUUAGGUUUGCUAAAGGAAGAUCAUUUGGAAUCUGUCUGGCAGAAAGAAAGGAUUGGGCUGAAAGAAGAGCAGACAUGUCUGCAAAGGAAAGGCAGAAAAUGAGAGUUACAAAGGACAGCGUUACACUGCUGCCAUGCUUUUAUUUUGUGGAGUUGCCGAUUUUGGCUUCUUCUGUGGUAAGUCUAUAUUUUCUGGAGCUAACAGAUGUCUUUAAACCAGUUCAUUCGGGGUUUAGCUGCUAUGACAGAAGUCUCAGCAUGCCCUAUAUUGAACCCACACAGGAGUCCAUCCCGUUCCUGAUGCUGCUGUGUUUGACAUUCGCAGGACCUGCAGCAACCAUCAUGGUAGGAGAAGGUGUUUUAUACUGCUGCUUGUCAAAGAGAAGAAAUGGAAUAGGAGCAGAAGCCAAUAUAAAUGCUGGAGGAUGCAACUUCAACUCUUUUCUUAGAAGAGCAGUCAGAUUUAUAGGAGUCCAUAUUUUUGGAUUAUGUUCUACAGCUUUGAUAACUGACAUUAUUCAACUCUCUACUGGUUAUCAAACUCCGUAUUUCUUGACUGUGUGUAAACCUAACUACACUUCAUUGAAUAUAUCCUGCAAAGAAAAUCCAUAUGUUUUGGAAGACAUAUGUUCUGGCUUGGAUCUAGCAGUCAUAAAUUCUGGGAGAAAGUCAUUUCCUUCUCAACAUGCCACCCUCGCAGCAUUUGCAGCUGUCUACAUUUCUAUGUACUUUAAUGCUACACUAACAGAUUCCUCUAAGUUACUGAAACCUUUGCUGGUCUUCUCCUUUAUAAUAUGUGGGAUUAUAUGUGGCCUCACACGUAUAACGCAGUACAAGAAUCACCCAAUCGAUGUUUACAGUGGAUUUUUAUUGGGAGGAGGCAUUGCUAUAUAUUUGGGACUUUAUGCUGUAGGAAACUUCCAACCAAGUGAAGACAACAUUCCACAGAAGCCACCUCUUCCAAUUAGAGAACCUAUAAGAUCUUUAACAGAAAUAAGUCAAGAUGCCAAUAGGAUUCUACCAGGAAAGAAUGGCAACACCAUAGAUGGCAUUUCGACCCAUCAUGUAGAAAAUAUCUUGACCAGAAAUCAUAGGGAAUCAAGCUCUCUCACAAAUAUUAAGAGAGCAAGCACAGAUGUGGAAGUAAUCACACCACAAAGCCCUAUGGGAAAGGAGAACAUGGUAACAUUCAGCAAUACUUUGCCAAGGGUGCAUACAUCAGCUUUAGAAGAUCCAGUUAGAAGAAAUGCAACAAUCCAUGCAUCAAUGGAUUCAGCACGUUCAAAGCAACUCCUAUCCCAAUGGAAGACUAAAAAUGAAAGCCGUAAGCUGUCUUUGCAGGUCAUUGAGACAGAGGCUGGGCUUUCCCCACAAAGGAUAAUAGAAAUGAGGUCCAGCUCUGAACCAGUGAGGGUCGGUGUUAAUGGAGAGCACAUUGGCCCAGGCAAUUCUUAUCUUAAGAUGCAACCUGGCAGUGUUCCAGGCUGCAACAAUACUGGCAUACCUGGUGGGCCAAGAGUCUCAAUUCAGUCAAGACCUGGAUCUUCCCAGUUAGUGCAUAUUCCUGAAGAAACUCAUGAGAAUAUCAUUACAACAUCUCCAAAAUGUAGUUCUGCAAGAUCAAAAUGGCUUAAAGUGGCUGAGAAAAGUGUUGUCUGUCGAAGUAAUAGUCAACCAAGAAUCAUGCAGGUAAUAGCCAUGUCAAAGCAGCAAGGAAUGCUUCAAGGGAGUCCAAAGAGUUCAGAAGGAAGCACAGUUAGUUGCACUGGCUCGAUCAGGUACAAGGCUCUCACAGAUCAUGAACCAACAAAUAUUGUACGAAUUGAAGCCCACCCAGAAAACAACAGGUCAAUUAUCCAGAUGCCUUUGGAGGGAGAAGGGAGUGGAUCGUGGAAAUGGAAAGCUCCUGAGAAAGGUACCUUGAGGCAAGCCUACGAGCUGAAUGACCUCAACAGAGACUCUGAGAGUUGUGAAUCCUUAAAAGACACUUUUGGGACAGCUGACAGAAAAAGAAGCAACAUAGAAAAUGAUCACCUUCUUCAUGGAUUAACUACAAUACGAGUUACACCAGUGGAGGGAAGUGAAAUUGGGUCAGAGACUGUAUCUAUUGCUUCAAGUCGUGAUUCUACUCUAAGAAGAAAAGGCAAUAUCAUUUUAAUCCCAGAGAGGAGUAACAGCCCUGAGAGCACUCGAAACAUCUUCUACAAAGGAACUUCACCCACUCGCACCUACAAAGAAUGAAACAAUAUGUAAGAUUUCCAUUGGUUUAAGAUGUAUCAAAACUACUUUGAUAACGCUUGUGCUCUUAUUAGUUUGGGAGAUAAUGCUAGAAAUAGUAUUACAUGUGCCAAAUUACUAAUGAUCAAAUGAUCUAUGGUAAAACUUUGCUGAUGAAGAAUAAAAGAUUUGGAACUUGUGCAGAAGGGUUGAAAAAAAGCACAAAGCAUAGAAGUCAAACCAAUGUGAAGAAUUAAACGCAUUAUACAAUCAAUUUCCUUAAAGAAAAAAGUGACUAUAGGAAGAGAUGUAUUUGAUAUAUCUAGAAAAUGCGUAAUGGACUGUAGACACUUUAUUUUAUGAAUGUGCCAAUUCAGACAUAUUAUGACCUAAAUCGAAGAAUUUAUAGUUUUCUCAGAAAAAAAUGUAAAAAAAAAGAUUUAUUUAAUGUCAAAUAUUUACAUUUGCAGUUUAUGCACUAAACAAGAAUUUUAAAAGUGAAAUGUGGUGCUUUAAGCCUAGAUAGCAUAUCAGCUAAAGCACAUAAGGAAUAUUAAUGUGUUCUUUUGACAGUCAAGUUGCUUCAGAUAGGUAGUAGCAACUGCCUUUGUAUAGAAUAGGACAUCCAGCUCUGUAAAUGUGGAUCAAUCACACUUAACGUUUGAGAUUUUGGUGUGGAUCCAUAAACACUGUUGAUUUUUACAAAGUGUGGGUAUUAUUCAACAUGGUAUUAUAGUUUCUUUUGUUAGCUACAAUUUCUAUAUUCUGCUUAACAUUUAUCAAGUGCAGAUCAUGCUAAAGAAAUAAAGGUGCAAAUAAUAGGGACAUUCCUACUGACAGAAACAGUUUAUUCUGGAGUUUUUACAGACUCUGAAUGUUUUUAACCUUAUUUUAUGAUGUUCCUCCUAUUAAAAUCCCACACCAAAACAGGGUUUUGUGUAUUUUAGGUAUAAAGGUAUCCUUUAAUGUUUUAAUAACAGCUAACUAAAAGUCACCUAUUAUUAAUGCAGAAUACUGCAUGAAUAACCUGUGGAUAUAUUUGGGAGCACCAAGCACACAAAUUCCAUAGAAAGGCUUAAGUUAAAGAAGUUAACAUGGUAGCACAAAGAAAGGCACAAUAAAAGGAAUGUCUGUGAAGAUAUAAGCAAUGUGGUAACCGUUAUGUAAAUUGUGAUAUUUGGCGCAGGAUAAAUUGUAGCGUUGGUACAAUUAUUUAUACAGUUACAUCACAGUGAAUUUAACAAUGCCAGUUCAUAGGUUGUAUGGGUUGCUUAUAAAUCAUUUUCACUAUAUCAGAAAGAGUAUAUUUAACACCAUAAAAAAUUCACAGAAACAGUAGAUGAAAGUUGCAGGACAGGUCUGACUGUCAGAUUUCAUAGUUCACUGAUUUUCCAACUGGCAAUUCAAGCAGCCAAAAGCCAUCACAUCAAGAAGUCACAAAUUAAGACUGCUGGCAGUCUACAUUGUCACUUUGGAGGAAACUGGUAAUGGUAGUUGGCAUAACGGCAAAAUGAUUAAAGAGUACAGAUAAGAGAUCCUUCCAAAAUAUUCUAAAUCCAGAUUUCUAUAUGUGGGACUUGGGGAAUGUAAUUAAUAUACCCCCAUUUCUACAUUUUUGUGCAGCAAUGUAGAGCAAUAUCCUAUAACACCUCCCUUCACCAUUUUUCUCCAAUAUCCACACUCUCUAUGCUACAUGUUAGGCCACAGGGAAACAAUGCUAAACAGAGUGAUGUGUUGAAUUAAGAAUGGUGCCAGCAGAGCUGGUGUCAGAUCAGGAGGUCGUUUUCAAAUUAAUAUAAUUUGCACCUGUUUCUGAUACAGACCAACUUCAUAAAUAACCAUAUAUAAUAUUUAAAAUGAUUAGUUCUUAUGGGAAAGACCAUAUUAUAUAACAUUUAGGUGCAGAUUUAUCAAAGGUCGAAUUUAAAAUCUGAAUUUUUGAAUUUUUCGGGUUUAUUUUAGUGUAAU